AUGGCGUCCGCGGCCAUGCCCGCACGCGUCGCGGCGUUCCAAACCCGCGCGAUCGCGCGUCCGCGCGCGCUCGCGAAGCACCCCGCCGCGCGUCGUCGCGCGUCGUCGACGGUUCAAAAACGAUGGCUCGAAGGAUCGACGACGUCCUCGGCAUCGCGCGCGAUCGCGCGCGCCGCGUCCUCCGAAGACGGCGCGACGACCGUCGCGGAGUACGCGACGUCCGAGCCCGCGGCGUACGACGAGCUCGGCGAUGACGGCGAGUUCGACGACGAGCCCACCGUGAACAUACCGAUAUCCUUCUUCUCCUUCCUGAACCUCUCCCCCGCGCGCGCGAUCCCGGCGACGAUCGAGGCUUCGUACGCCGCCGCGAUGUCGCGCGAGCUCGUGGACGGCUUCAGCGACGCGUGCCUCGCCGCGCGCGCGGACCUCGUCGACGCCGCCACGCAGGUCCUCAGCGACAGCGCGCUGCGGACGGAGCACGAGGGCGACCUGAAAGCGGGGCGCCUCACGCCCGUGCCGACGUCGCAGCUCGCCGGCGCGCUCGCGCUCAUGCAAGAGGCGGGCGAGCACGAGAGCGUGAUCGAGUACGCGCCGCGCUGCCUCGCGGCGGUGAAGUCGAAGGCGGCGCGUCGCGACAUCACGCUCUCCGCGGCGCUCGCGCACUGCGAGCUGUCUCACGUCGCGCUGACGUCGUCGCCGCCGCGCGUCGGCGAGGGAUGCGAGCUCCUCGACAUCGCGUCGUCCAUCUUGAUCGCGGAAGCCGGCUCCGGGUUCUCGCGCGAGCUCCAAGACACGAUCAAGCGCACGCUGAUCGAGCUCGCGCCCGCGUACGUCAUCGAGCUCCUCGCGCUGCCGCUGGACCGCGUCGCGGACCGCAAGGAAGGGCUGCGCGCGCUGCGGACGGUCGUGUGGGCGCAGGGCGACGCCGCGCUCAUGGAUCGCGCCGCGUACGUCGCGGAGGUGAACCGGCAUCUCACCGCGGCGGAGACGGCGAAGAUGUUCGUGGAGGCGCCCGACGAGGUGGCGCCCGAGGCGGACGAGGUCUACGGCGCCGCGCUCGCGCUCGUCGUCGCGGGGAUGAAGGAUGUCAAGCCGCAGAUGAUUUACGACGCCGGGGAGAUGUUCCAACAGCUCGAGGACGCGGCGGAGUACGAGCGAAGCGCGCGCGAAUACGACGACGCGAUCGCCGCGCAGGCGAACGCGCCGGGCGUGUUCGCGUCCGAGGUGCCGCCGCCGCCGCCGGAGAGCGUCGCCGUCGAGAAAGCGGUGUGCCAGGUCCUCCUCGGGAGCGUCGAGGAGGCGCUGUACACGCUCGGUUUGGGGUUCGAGCAGAGAGGUUUAGGUCUCGCGGAUCCGCAGGUGGAGACCUUCGUCGUCGAGCACUCGCCGUCGGGCGAUCCCGCGGAGGGUCUGUGCGCGCUCGUUGACCGGUGGAUCGCGGACGUCGCGUUCGUCUCCUUCCGCGACACCGCGAAGACGGCGCCGCCGACCGUGGAGACGUGGUUCGAGAACGUCGCGGUGACGCGUUAUGUGGACAGGCUCGAGACGUCGCCGGCGCUGUUGAAACUCCUCGCGUUGACGUCGUCGACGGCGAGUUCGGCGGCGCGCGUCGCGGACGACGUCGCCGCGGCGUUCCGCGGGAGCACCGUCCCGGGUCUGCGCGCGGGCGUCUCAGGCGACAGAUCGGUCGUCGGGACGCUGCGAAGCCACCCGACGGCGUCGAACGUCGCCGUCGGCGGCGCGGUCGUCGUCGGCGCGACGUUGCUCGCGGCGGGGAUGUCCGGCGGCGAGCUCUUCGGCGGCCGCGCGUCGUACCGCGGCGGUUCGAGCCCCGGCGCCUCCGCCGCCUCCGCCGCCGCGACAAAACCCAAGGUGAGCCCCGCGACGACGAUCCGCGAGCUCGGCAUCCAAUUCGCGGCGGCGACGACGAACGUGCUCGACGGCGUCGGCGGCGCGAUCCCUCGCGGCGCCGCGCCGGAGGUGACCGCUGACGUGGCGGAGAAGAUCGUCCGACGGUGGCAAUCGGCCAAGGCGCAGGCGCUCGGCGUCGCGCAUAACCUGCGACCGCUCGAGCAGUGCCUGGAGGGCCCGAUGCUGCAGCAGUGGCUGA